UCCUGACAGUUCUGUUCACACUACUUUUUACUACUUCGUUUCGCGCCAUACAUACUUUUAACUUUACUAUACAAACCAAAGCAGAUAUUGUAGUUUGGUUACUCUUCGAAUUAUAAUUUUGUUAAUAAUAGUGAUGAUUUUGAAACACUUGUUACCUCCAAAUAUAUAUGAAGUAAUAGACAGAGCUGGAAUAUCAACUGUUAGACAAAUCAUUAUUCUUUCUAUCUGGGACAUCAAAAAUUGUACUAACUUAAGUACAGAUGAUGUGUUUUUACUUAAAAAUAUUGUUGCUGAUCAUGUGUGUCCUACCAGUUCGACGGCUAAUGAUUUGAAAAUAAAUAAUACCAUUAAUCUCAGAUUAUCGACAGGAUGUCUUGCUAUGGAUAACAUGCUCAAGGGUGGUCUCCAAAAAGGGACUAUAACUGAAGUGUUUGGUGAAAGUGCAAGUGGAAAGACACAAUUAGCUCUCCAAAUAACGCUUAAUAACUGGAACAGCGGGUGUGUUUUUAUUUGUACUGAAGACUUAUUUCCUACAAAAAGAUAUGAAGAACUCAAAAUUCAUCAUCCUGAUUUUGAUUCUAAAAUUGAUUAUGGCAAAAAUGUGUUUGUUGAACAUAUAACUGAGGCCAAGGAUUUAUUGUCCUGUGUAAGUUUUCGCUUAAGAAAGUUAUUAGACCAACAUGACCUAUCUCUGAUAGUUAUUGACUCUAUAGCUGCACCUUUUCGAUGUGAAAGUACAAAUUAUGUCAAAAGAGCAGAAGAAUUAAGAGAAAUUGCUAUACAGUUGACAACACUGGCUAAAGAAUACAACUUAGCAAUACUAUGUAUCAACCAAGUUACAGCUUCCUUUGAAGAAAACACAAAUGUAUUGCCGUCUUUGGGCCUGGCAUGGUCUAACAUGGUCACCACAAGGCUUAUGUUAAAGAAGACUCUGGAAUUAUGUGACACAGUUAACCUUUCUAAAAGAAAUCCUCAGCAAACCACCUUGAAGCAUGAAACUUAUAUUAGAGAGCUUCAUGUAGUUUUCGCUCCUCAUUUACCAAAUGCCAUGAUUCAUUUUAUUAUUACUUCCAGUGGUAUUCAGAGUUUGCAGGAUUAAAAUCUAUGUGGGAGUAAA